GUCCCCCCUCAAAACCGCCUGCAAAGUGCUCUGAGCUGCAGAAGCAGGCCGCCGGAUUCGCAGAGCAAGCCGCUCGUCCCGGAGCUUAGCGAGCGCGCGGGGCUGCUGGGCAGCGCCGCGGUUGCUGGUGGGCGCCGGUGCCCUCUGCGCGGGGCUCGGGCUCACCAUGCCCCUGCGGGGCCGCGCCGCCGGGCACAAGCGGAUCCCCGGCUUGCCGCCGCCUCGACGCGCUCGGAUUAGCUGCAGCCAGCGCCCAAGGAUUUGAAUCCAGACCCCGGAGGGAGCGCGUCUAGGCCGACCUCAGAGUGGCGGCCCCGCGGCCAACAUGCUUCGCAAAGGGUGCUGUGCGGAGCUGCUGCUGCUGCUGCUGCUGGCCGGCGAGCUGCCCCUGGGCGGCGGCUGCCCGCGGGACUGCGUGUGCUACCCGGCGCCCAUGACGGUCAGCUGCCAGGCGCACAACUUCGCCGCCAUCCCCGAGGGCAUCCCGGAGGACAGCGAGCGCAUCUUCCUGCAGAACAACCGCAUCACCGUCCUGCGGCAGGGCCACUUCAGCCCCGCCAUGGUCACCCUGUGGAUCUACUCCAACAACAUCACCUUCAUCGACCCCCGCACCUUCGAGGGCUUCGUGCACUUGGAGGAGCUGGACCUCGGCGACAACCGGCAGCUGCGGACGCUGGCGCCCGAGACCUUCCAGGGCCUGGGGAGGCUCCACGCCCUCUACCUCUACAAGUGCGGGCUGGGCGCCCUGCCCGCCCGCCUCUUCGGCGGCCUGCACAGCCUGCAGUACCUCUACCUGCAGGACAACCACCUCGAGUACCUGCAGGACGACAUCUUCGUGGACCUGGUCAACCUGAGCCACCUGUUUCUCCACGGCAACAGGCUGAGCAGCCUGGGCCGGGACACCUUCCGGGGGCUGGUGAACCUGGACCGGCUGCUGCUGCACGAGAACCAGCUGCAGUGGGUGCACCCCCGGGCGUUCCACGACCUCCGCCGGCUCACCACCCUCUUCCUCUUCAACAACAGCCUCUCCGAGCUGCAGGGCGACUGCCUGGCCCCGCUGGGGGCCCUGGAGUUCCUCCGCCUCAACGGCAACGCCUGGGACUGCGGGUGCCGCGCGCGCUCCCUGUGGGAAUGGCUGCGCAGGUUCCGCGGCUCCAGCUCCGCCGUCCCCUGCGCGUCCCCCGAGCUGCGGCAGGGCCGGGACCUGAAGCUGCUGAGCGCCGAGGACUUCCGGAACUGCAGCGGGCCGGCCUCCCCCCACCAGAUCAAGUCUCACACGCUCACCACCACCGACAGGGCCGCGCGCAAGGAGCACCACCCGGCCCGCGGCCCCGCCCGGGACAAGAGCCACCCGCACGGCUCUCGGAAGCCAGGCAAGAACUGCACCAGCCACAGGAAUCGCAACCAGGUCUCCAAGGUGGGCGCCGGGAAGCAGGCGCUGGAGCAGCAGGACUACGCCCCCGACUACCAGCACAAGUUCAGCUUUGACAGCAUGCCCACCGCGCGGCCCAAGAGGAAGGGCAAGUGUGCCCGCAGGACCCCCAUCCGUGCCCCCAGCGGGGUGCAGCAGGCCUCCUCCAGCAGCUCUCUGGGGGCCUCCAUCCUGGCCUGGAUACUGGGGCUGGCGGCCACCCUCCGCUGAGGACCCAAGGGCACCAGCACCCAGCACUGCCACGUGUCCACCAAGAAACAGAGUUUCUUUUCUUUUUUUACAAGUGGAGGGUCUGCUGGGUUUGAGGCAGAGUCUGAGGAAGGCUUUGGCUGCCGUCUGGGUCCUGCCUGGUGGAUUAUAAACCCAACGUGUACAGCCCCAAGCAGGAGGGGAGUAGCACGCCUCACCCAGCUGCCCCGGCUGCCCCAGCCAGCCCCCCUCAGAGCAGCCAGGACAGCAUCCAUCCAGCAAGGCGGUUAAGCCGCAGAGAGCACCCUUCACUAGCAGCCAUGGGACAGUGCCCCGCGGGAGCUGAGCUCUGUGGAAUCCUGGCCAUUUGGAGAGGUCUGAAGGGCCCCUGCCCUUUUUGGAGGAGGUGGGACUCAGAGGAACAGAUGAUGGUCACCCAAGAGGCCGGGUUGACCGGCCGACUGGGAGCGCAUGAUCGGGUGUCAUUUUGGCUUUCGCCUGAGGCCACUUAGUCAACCUGCCCUGAAUCUAACAGUGUGCCACCUUCCGUCCCUUCCCUGGGGUGACACCUCUCAUUCCCGACGUCUCAGGCAACCCUGGUCCACCCAGCCCAGACCCUGGGCUCCAAGAACCAGUUACCAAAGGAAAGAUCAUCAGAGGCUGAAAUUCAGAACUUCAUCCCGUGCAAUGAGGUUCUCACAGGAGGUGCAGUUUUAUAACUACGUCCACUUAUAUAUAUAUACACACACACUACAUAUAUAUAUAUACACAUACACACAAAGACACAGGUCCCUGCCCCACACCCUUACCAAACUGUAUGUCUUAUCAUGUUUAUAAACUAUAUGGAAAACUA